ACCCACCCACCCACCCACCCACCCACACACACACACACACACACACACACACACACACACACCUUCAGCCCUACAACUUGAUGAAGUUUUCCUCCUAACUUUACAUUCAGCGCGGACCAGCCCCCUGUUCAGCAGCAUGACUCUGUCCAACAAGUGGUGGAUUUUGUGCGCUGUUUCUCUCUCCUGUCUCGCCUGUUUUGGGUCCUGCAGAAGACAUAGAGAAGAUGGAGCCCAACCCGAGCUAUUCAUCUUCAAUGAGCUGUGCGCCCUGAAGGAUGAGCCAGGGCCUUGCAAGGCCAUUAAGGACCGAUACUUCUUCAACGUCGACACGGGACACUGUGAGCUGUUUGAAUACGGAGGCUGCGGGGGUAACGCCAAUAAUUUCGAGACCUUGGACGCAUGUGAGGAAACGUGUGUCGUCUCAGAUGACAAGAACCCGUGUCACUUAGGCGAGGCUCCUGGCCCCUGCCGAGGGCUGUUGACGCGCUACUUCUUUGACAGCGACAGUCAGCAGUGCAAGCAUUUCUUCUACGGCGGCUGCUUUGGCAAUGCCAACAAUUUCAGGAGCAUGGCGGCAUGCCAGGCCAAAUGUCAGAACCCAGCAAAAUCCACUAAGGCACCAGACGUCAACACACAGUCUGCUAGAAAAUCCAGUGUUGUGCAGCCAACCACGUUAACUGGGGAGUUGACGGUAAAAGAAUCUCAGGUGCAAGCGAAUGGCGCUAAUAGAGAGCCAAAAGACUUCAAGCCUUCAGAGAUGUGCUUCAGUCCGGUGGAGAGGGGAACAUGUCAUGGGACAGAGAAGAGGUUUGCAUACAACCCCGAGGUCAAGAGAUGCCUGGCGUUUCAUUACAGCGGCUGCGGCGGAAACGACAACAACUUCACAUACAGGAAAGACUGUUAUCACAAGUGCAUUCGAAACAGAAGGGUUCCUAAGAAGGGGAUGAUCCGAAUAAGGAAGAAAAACCUCAACAACAUUGUUAAUCGCUCAGCGUAAACACCUUGCUCUGCUUUACAUCCUGCACUAUUGUGGAGCCAUCUGUAUUUAUGUUCAUAUGUUAUGUUUAGCUAUACUCAUAUCUAUUGUUUUGCAGUGUACCGUGUACCUGAAUUAGCUUUGUAGUGACUGAAUGCAAUCAUCAUCAUUAUUUCAAUAUCUCAUUGACAAAAAAUGUCUACUAAAGCCGCUCUCCACACUGUUGCUCUGCAUAUCUUAUAUAUAUGCUUUUGUAUAAACAACAUAUUGUGUCUUUUUCAUUUUUACAGUUGCAGGGCUCUGUUGUCAUCAUACUGAUAUAAACAUUUCACUGUAACGUUUAUAGGAAACACCAAAGUUGCAGCCAUACUGGAUUUGCCAAUGCUUGCCCUGUAUAUUUACUGUGUCCAAACUGGGCUUGGUAUCGCCAAUCAUUUCUCAGAUCAAUUUGAUUCCGAUUCGACUACAUUUAUGAUUAUCAAUUAGGUUAGGGAAAUUUCAGUUACAAUACCAAUUUAGCUGGGAUAUAAAACAGAUUCUGAGAGAACGUCAGUAAAUGUUGUAAACUGUAAGAAGCAACUCUCAAAUAUGUUUUUAUAAUGCACCAGGUUAAGAAUUGAGCCCCAAAAUGUUUGCGGCGGGUUAUACAUCCAUGGUGAAAAAGGCAUAUAUUAAAAUAUGGAUUUCUGGAUUUUAUUAACCCAUAUCAGUUCACUCAAGCAAAAAUGUUAUUUUUAAUUGGAGAAUCGAUGAUUUUAACCCAGCCCUAGUCUACACUGUAUCUUUUCUACAAAGGUUCUGGUCUAGCUCCACUAUUGUUAAUCAAUGUGAAGAAGUGCAUUAGCAGAUUAAACUGGGGGACAAUCCUUAUUCUAGGAUCAACCACAACAAUAUAUGGAAUGGUGUCAAGCAAACACAUUAAUCAAGAUGACCAUGUCCUCACAGCUAUAAAUCAAUGUGAACAAGGCAGUGGAUGCUCUAUUUUUUGAACUUUUUUAAUCAGUAUUGUGCAGUUUCGUAAAUCAUUGUUGCAAUCCUGCAGGUGUUGUUGGUAAGGAAAGACAGAAGGGGGCAGUGUUGUGUAAAGUAAGUUUCCGUGGUUGCCGUUGGCUGCACAGUGCUCCCUUUACUGUCUCCUUUUAUAAUCAUGGCUUUAAUGCAUUAGACUGUAAGAGUUUAUAUAAUUAACUUCAACAAACGUCUUCUCUUUCCUCCGAUUUUAUUCUGUAUUCCUCAUCAGUCUUUUCGUAUGUAGGCCGAACAAGCACACAAUGUUUCACAGUAAAAAAAAA